AUGAAUCUGUGGCUGUGCGUGCAGGCGCUCCUGCUGCUCUGGCUCUCCCUGACCUCGGUGUGUGGAGGGCCCCUGCCACAGCCUUCUGCCAAGAAGGGGCUGGAGGAAGGCAAUAUCCACCACCUGGUGCAGCCCAAAGGGUCCAGGAAUGGACCAGGGCCCUGGCAGGGAGGUCGGAGAAAAUUCCGCCGCCAGCGGCCACGCCUCUCUCAUAAGGGCCCCAUGCCUUUCUGA